UACAUAUUUGAACUCAUUCUCAUUUUAUAGAAUUACAUGUGACAUGUAUAUGGUAAUAUAAUUUGGUACAGUAGUCUUACAAAUUAAUUAUAUUAAUCUGAAACAUUUUUCAGGAAAUCACCAGUCUGCAUUCUGACCUUCAAGCAGUAAAGUUCUUUUAAUAUCUAAGCUGCAGUGUUUAUCGUACAAGUGCCUAAGGUAAAAAUUUAGAAAUUCCAAACAUGAAGGAAAUACUUGAAUUGUUUGGUGCUGAAAGAGUACACUAACAUACAGAAGAUAUUUUAGAAACCACUUUUCCAUUAAUCCACAUUUUCAUAAAAGAAUGAACACAUUUUUCUACAUGAAUCACAUUUUCAUAUUAUUUCCAAUAUAAUUCAACCUGGAAAAAUUAUAGGAAGCAAUAUCAGGUGAAUUCUGAUGUUCACAUAAGUCACAGUCUGAUGCCAAACUUUUUUAAAUGAUGAUCACUGUAUUUAUAAUAAAGUGUUAAUGCUUCUAUUGUUUUUGUGUUUAGAUACAGUAAGUUCAUAAAGCAUUCCAAGAACUGUUUAAAUAAGUAAAGAAUGCAAAUGGAAAAUGUAGGGAAGGAUAAAAGUAAUCUACUGUCUGUAGAUUAUGAGGCAAAUGAGACAGAUAGGACUCACAAGGCCAGUAUACAAUUACUAGACCACCGUCAAACACUGUACUCUUCCUAUGCUUCUGUUUUCCCUGUGUUUUACUGAAGAGUAAAGGCAUACAGUAUCUGUAAAACUCUAGCAAGAUUUUCAGCUCCACACAAUUUCUAAUGGUGAUAUCAUAACCGGUUAAAUAGGUGGGGUACUUUCAUUGAUAAGAGAAACUCCAGAGUUUCUAGGUAAUGUUUUGUUAAAGUCAAAAAUAAAUUUGGGUGUGAAGAAAACAACUUAGCUGUAUAUAUAUAAGUGAAGUCAACAGUAUCAAGAUUGUUCAACUACUUGUAUAAAGUAAAGGUUAUGGGUUUACAUGAACGUGAGAAACAACUUACCUUUCUUUAUAGUGCUGGAGGAUGUUUGUCAUUGAUAACCAUAAUCUGCAGUGCAGUGCCAUGGAACCACUGGGAAGAAAUUCUUGACAGGUGCUUGAGUGUUAACUGUGGGUGCAUUCUCUUUGGCAAACAAACAUUCAAUUCUUUCGAUGGUGGUGACAUCUCAGUGUGUUAUUUUAUAACACUUGCUUCAGUACCAGCCUUUAUCAUUGCUGUCAUUAUGGCUGUGUAUCAUGGCUACAGAGUCUCUAUGUUCAGCAAAGAGGCAGAUAAUACUACAGGAAGAAAAACACGAAGACACAGGAAAGGGGUCGUCAUCGUAAUGACAGAACGUUCAAGGAGAGUGGCUGAAGACCCUGGAUGCAUUUGCUGGACAGGACUGGUUAUCUUGGCAUGUUGCAUAAGUAUUUUGCUGAUAAUUAAUGCAGGUAUUCUAAUUUAUGGAUACUACAAGACUUGUGGAGAAUACAGGACAAGUCUUUCUAAAGACAGUCAAAUAACUGGUCAGAUGGCAGCAGCUAUUAAUGGACGGCUCUCAUGUGGAGCUAUAUUUGACUUCAUGGAUUACUUGGAACCUGUCACAAGACCAUUCCAACGAAAAGAGUAUGUAAAUUACAACCGCCCACAUGAAGAAAAAGAUUUUGAGCGAGGGCCAUUCAUCAACACCGGAUUAUCUCUACAGACAGCUGUAGGUUCUGCUUGCAUUAACUGUGUUGUAUGGAUUACUAUAUUUGUAAACAAUGGCAUUCUUGUAUAUAAUUCAAGAGGUUGGUGUGGCAGUAGAAGAUAAACAUGUUAUGCAUUUCAGUGUAUACCUGGCCUUCCUAAUAACUUCUGAAUGAAUUUACAGAUUUUACUUAAACUUGGUAUGAACAUCAUGUCAUACCACCAUUGUAUGUUUUAAUUUUAUACUGUCAGUAAGACCAUGAACCAACAUAGCUCAGUCAGUAGACUGGCUACAGACUGGACGACUGGGGUUCAAUUCCUGAUUGAGGCAGAGGAUUUUUUCCUCUAGACUGGAUGUGGGGCCCACCCAGCCUCCUAUCCAAUGGGUACCGUGGUCCUUUCCCAGGGGUAAAGCGCGGCCAUUGCGUGAUGCUCACCACCCACCCCCAUCUAGUGCCGAGGUCAAGAAAGAGUAGGAGCUAUACCACCUCUCCCCACAAAUGAAUCACUGAAAUGUUCAAGUACUUUGUAGGUAGAAGCAUUUAAAGAAAAUUAUUUUUUAUAUGCCAUGGUGUCUGAUUAUGUAAUAUUUUGUUAUAUUAACCAUUAAUAACCACAAAAAUGUUGUCAUGCGCUACAUCAGAAGUGAGCAAACUUUCUAACUGAAGGGCUGGAUUAGAGGUUAGAAGUGUUUUUCCAGGUCAGGAAGAAUUCUUUACAAAACAUAUUUUCAGCUAAUAAAGAACUUUAUCUAUAUACCUGCACCCUACACCUGAUAAUAGGCCAAUAAGUUAUAGUCUUUACUGAUCCUCUUCAAUUCCUUGAUGGUAGUUUUAAGUACUCUUAAAAAUAACUGAUGAUAAAACAUUGCCUCAUUUUACCAGUAAAUUAUUAUUGGAUAUGUACAAUUAAAGCAAAGCCUUUUCUUGGCUUAAAGUAUGCAAAUAACUAAUAUCCUGAAAAUCAAAUACUGUACUAGCUUAUAUGUAAGGAAAGUUCAGGAAAAUACACAUUUUGAAGAUA